CUGCACUUUGAGCUGAUAAAAUGUUUCUGAGUUGAGUGAUUUAUUGACAAUUUUGAAGCAAAUCAAUCUGAAAUCAAAAAUGGAACUGCAUUGCAUUUUCUACAGCCAAAAGUUUGACGCCGGCUACAAUUGUUAUCGCUGUCUUAUCACAAAUCGGGAAAUACCAUUAAACAAAGAACUAAACCUUAUCGGACGGCAUGAAGGCAAUAAAACCAAUGAUAAUGUCACUCACCUGGAAUUUAGCAACUGCAGAAUUAGAAAAAUUCCUCAAAAAUUGACAAAAAUAUUUCCAAAUUUGAAGGUUUUGAAGAUAAUAAAUUCAGAAUUAAGGGAAAUUUGUAAGGCUGACUUGGCUGAAUACAAAAAUAUUGAAAGAUUAAUUUUCGAUUUUAAUGAAAUUGAAUUUUUGCCUGGAAACUUAUUUGAAGACUUUCAAAAUUUGGAAUUGAUUUCAUUUCGAGGAAAUGAGCUGAAAAUAAUUGAACCGAAUAUUUUGGACAGUCUGGAUGGUCUGCAGCAUGUUAACUUUGCCGAAAAUCCAAAUUACAGCAAAUGUCACUCAAUAUUGUCUUGUAAGGACUCAAAUGCUGAGAUUGAGGAUGUUAAAGUUCAAAUUAUUGAGAAAUUCUUCAUUUUAAAUUCAGAAAUUGUUCAAAACUUUGUUAAACAUUUAAAAAAUCCGCUAGAAGUGCUGAAAAAGUACGAGAAUAUGUCAAUUAAAAUUGAAGUAAAGCUGAAAAUUGUGGAAUUAAGAUUGAAGAUUUUUGAGGAAUUUUCAAAAAGGAAAAUUGAGAAUUUAAAAAAUUCAGAAUUAAAUUUGAACCAAGAAAUCAAAAAUUUUGUAAAUUUCGAAUCAAAACUAAUCCGAGAAAUUAAUCAGCUAAGGAACUUUGAAGGAAAGCUGACUCAAGAGAUUCAGGAGCUCAAAAAUAUGAAUUCAGGUCAAACUUUCAUUAGACAGCAAUCUGAACCAACUUAUGGCAAUUCAUUUAACAUUCCAUUAGCUGCUUUAAGACAAGAGCUUCAAAGCUGGAGAGAUCUAGCUAAAAAACUGAACCAGGACGUCCAAAAGUUGAGAAAUUCUGAAGCAAAAUUGAGUUUGGAGGUUCAGAAUUUAAAAAUAAGCUUGCAGAUUGAAAAUCUUAAGAAGUCAGAUUUGAUAAAAGAGACAGAAGCUUCAGACAUGUCCACAAAUUCAGCAGAAGCUACAGACAUGUCCACAAAUUUAGCAGCAACUCAAAAACUGUCUAGAAACCAAGAAAAUGAACCAAAUAUUGAAGAAAAAAAUAAGAAUUCUAACCUUAAUAGAAAUCCCAAGAAUAUGCUUCAUGAACCAGCAUUUGCUAGCGUAACUGAUGUCAAAUGUGAACAAAAUGACUCAAAUUCCAACAAUUCUACAUCCAAUAAUCAUCACUCAUUUAUAAUUGACAUCAAAAAGUACAUCCAAGAAGACAUAACAAAAGAUUUCAUCAUCAAAAUUGACGAACAAGAAUUUUUAGUCCACAAAUUCCUUCUUGCAGCUCGCAGUGCAACCUUAGCUGACAUUUUAAACAAAAAUCCAUUCAUUGACAGCCUCAGCAUAGCCAACAUUUCAAUUGACAGCUUUCACCACAUUUUGAGAUUCAUUUACACUGAUGAGCUUCCAGUUGAGGAUGAGAUCAACUUUGUGGACCUUUUUGACGCUGCUGGACGACUAAAGAUUGAGGAUUUGAAGAAUUUCGCUGGUAAAAGAGUUUUGGAGAAAGUUAAUGCAGCAAAUGCAAUUGAGAUUUUUAACUUAAGUAGUAAAUAUGAACAUAAAAUGUUAAGGCAAAAGUCAUUUGAGGAAAUAAAGAAAAAUUUUGAGGAUAAAUGAA